AUGACCACAUCGUGCACCGCCCGUAUGCCCUACGUGACCGGCGUCCCCACUGUGGGACCUGCUGUGGUCGCGAUUUCACAGGGUGACGCCGUCGACAGGACGCUGGACAGCAGGGGUGCCCCGAAUAUGCACGUCGAGGCGCCGCGGAAUCGUCGGGUGCACUUUCACGCCACGGUCAAUGCGGAGGACGGCGCCGCACAUGCGGAUGCGAGGCACAAGGGGCUGCCGCGCGCCAUCGACGACGACCUGUGGACGGCAAGUGUGGCUCCCGAGGACGUGUCCCGUCGGGGAUUUCGUCGUCAGGAAUGUGAUCGAGGAAGCCCGCAACGGGCGGCCCAGUACCCCGAACACCACGCACGGAUCGCUUGCUUGCGGGCCUCCAAAUCCGCGUUUGGUUCUUUCCAGCGCCGAAACCCUCCCCUUCCCGCUCCCCCACCCACAUCUGGGAUCUUCAUUAACGGCGCGCUACAGCACUGUGCCGCCGGACCGGCCUUCAAGCCAGCUGCAUCUCAUCACCGCUGCAUGUCGAGAACCGGAGGCGCAUCAAUGCGAGCAUGGACCCUACCAGUGCAGGAACAAGUCAUCGUGGCACGGUCCGAGCGCACUCUGCCGAUCGCUCUCGUAGUUGCGCAUCCACACCACUCGGGCCCUAGACAAGCGAUAACGCGACAUGUGUUUAUGCCGUCGCCUCCUCUUGGGCCGUCGAUCACGCUAUGGCCUCUCGCGGGUCCGGUGUGCGUGCACGGUGGCCACACAGCGAUAAGGUGCGCAAUCAGCCCGGCCCCGCGCGGGCGCUCGUUUACGCAUCCACAUUUUCCGGGAUUCUCGCGUCAUUUCUACCCCACUCGCGAGGGCGUACGUAAACCGCACGGGCUGCGCUGGCCACCGCUAGAACCUGCGGGGACCGCGAAGCCCCCCGCGAUCGCGCUCGCGUCGGCAAGGCCGUCUUACGACACGGAUCUCCCUGCAGCCGUGCCUCUCUCCGCUGCGCUCGCGCCGCGCCACGGCAUUCCCCGUGGCUGGACGCUUGCGAAGGGGCGAAGGGCGCAGGCGUUGACGGGGUGGGGGGGAAGGCGGAGAGACGCGGAAGAUAGGAGGCAGCGCUGCGUUGCUUCUUCCUUCCACGACGUACCGUACCCCAGGUCGAGUCCACCUGUGCCGCGCCAAAUGGAGAUCGGCGCUGCUCAGGGAUUGCUAUUUGGGGAGACCACACAAGAAGUUGCAUAUAUGGAAAGCUCUGAGGACGGGGAACCCUUAGCAUGCACGAGGACCGAGCGCAAGGUUUGUUGCACGCAGGAUGGGCGCGGGAGCCGGGAGAAGCAGAAGGUGCUUCAGGACGGUGUUGAUGGUCGAGCGCUGGGCCAGAGGUGGAGAGGCGCGGUUGGUCACGGGGCGUGGGAAUGCGUGACGUGCUGCGUGCCGGUGGCGGAUGGGGGGACACGCUUUGGCCGCUGUGCGCGGGACUGGCGCAGUGGCCGGGCGGGCGCAGUAGGGGUUAGCGUGGUGGGUUGCUUCUGGAAGAGGUGGGAGGGCAGCGCGUGGACUUUGUGGGCAGACUCGGUUGUGUUUGUCCGAGUGCCACCGCUGGCCCCGAGGCUCUGGGUCUGCGGCAGGCUUCGCGCUAAGCCCUUCUCGGCCCAUGCACAGCGUUCUGGGACCCCGGGACACUCCCCGCGCAUGCUCUCUGCUCAAAACGAGUACCCGUCCGUCCUCCUUCUGCACGCGCCCCGAAGCUGCACCCUCUUCCUCCUCCCGCCCGCCCGCCACAUGGAACCCCUACUCUUCGACUGCACAUCCUACUCAGACGCCUCCACUCCUCGCACACCCUCCCCCCGCUCAGACAUGCAGCCCCCCUUCUCCUCCCCCCACUACAAGCCCUCCAUGGACCUUAAUCCCGCUCGCUACAUCUUCGACGGCAACCACGACGACAACGGCAUCGUCCCCGAGCACCACACCCUCGAGGCCGCCCAUAUGUGGUCCGCGCCCUACCCCGGCUCCUACAAUCCCCCGGGCUCUCGCGGCUCUCUUCUCGAGGAGCUCUAUGACCAUGACAUGCCCGAGCAUAACGCCGGCCAUGACUCCUACCUCGACCAGCGCCACCAACAGCAUCCCGCACAUUGGUCCCACAUCUCUCAGGCUAUCCACGGCGAGCCGUCUCUCCCCAUGCAGCGACACCCUCACGACAUCGCCAUGUCGCGCCGCAACACCUUCCCCUACGUCCGGCAAGACCGCCCGGACGCUAUGUACACGCCGCCGCCGUUCCUGAGCAACGACCACGACUCCGUGAACAGCACCCGAUAUCCCCUGCGAAAACGCCUCAUACCCGCGCGCACGCACGUGUCCUGCGACGUCCCCAUGAAGAAGCACGGCAAAAAGACUGGUGCUCUGUACUCUUCGCCCGCCGGUGUCGGCGCUCAUUGUAUCACUCACACAACACUCGCAUGGAAGCGUCGUGCCCUUCUCCUGGAUGGUGAUGAUGUCUGCGAGACAGAUGGUGUGAGAGCCUGCCUGAAGUGCACCGGUCUGCGCAGGUUCGCGCUGAUUGGCUGUGGGAUGCUUCUGCCCUUCGCAAGCAGCCCAAAUGACGGCAGGGGGCGAGCGGACUUGGCACGCGCGCGAAAUCGUUCUCCCGGGAUCGCUAUCGCACCUCCGGCACCCGCGGGCCCACGGGCCGCCGGGGUGGCGGAGAGCCUAAGCGCCGUUAGCGUGUACCCGAGCCCCCAGAAGCCGCGACGAGUGCGCGGUGCACCGUGCGCACGCUGCGGGCUGAGCGUUGACCCGCGCACGGCUGUUCGUCUGGCUGGACUCUGGACUCUGUCUGAACGCCUGCGUGCGCCUCGAGGCUCGCCCCCGCCGCCGUCGGAGCGGCGAGUGCUUCCUGGCGGACCACGCGUCCAGGUUGGACGUCCAGUGCACACGCGGCGGCGCGCGGAGCGAGAUUUGGCCGGGCGUGCGUGCGUGUGGCAGCAGCCUGUCACGGCGCACGCGCGACACCCAAGGCGGUCUGUGAGCGAGCCUGCUAUGGAAGGCGGCGUGCGCAAGCUCCGGCGCGGCAUAUUCGCUGCCUUGCCAUAUGCUCCUCGCGCCGCCUCGCCCCAUGUGCAAUUGCGAUACCGCAGUGACAGGAGCACCAGGGCGUAUACGCAGCAGCGCGUCACUCCACGGACGCUGUUGCAGACUCCCGGGGGUGCUCGUCCAAGGGCCGGUCUGCCUGUGCUCCGUCAGCGGGCGACUUCUAGGCUCCUGAAGUUUUGGACCCAGGGCUCUCGUGGCCAGUUCGUGCGGUCCAGGGGUGUGGGAGGCGCGUUUCAGGACCUGAGCAUCUUGACAGUUGCACUGGACGUCGGGCCCACAGACGUACACGGCGCCAACGCGAAUGCAACGCCAGGGUCCGCCGCAUCGUGGAAUGAUCCCAAGCGACCGUUGACUCUUCCUCGCCCCUUGACAAAUUACGAAAGGUUCUCUGGCAGGGUGCCUUACAGAGGGGGCACGCGUGCGAUUCCACGGACUGUUUUCGGAAGGCACUUCGUCGAGUCCGCCAUCGUCGCAGACGAGUUCCCCGCAUUGCUCGCGAAGAUCAUGCAGAUUGGUGUCCACAGUUGCCAUAACCCUUCUUACUUCUCGGACGUCACUCAGACGCAGCAAUACAUUUCGAACCUAAGUGGUCGCGUGGGCGGGCAGGCCCUGAGUGUUGAGCUCGCGCCCGGCAAAACCCCGGCCGACACGAAGUGUUGUGCGGGAGAACGCGAUACGAAGCGUGCCCUGUCCGCGACCUUCGUUCGACGCAGACAAGUUAGCUAUCGUGUCCUCGAGCGCGCGUGUCCGAAGCCGGUAAUGACGCACGCUUUGCGAACCUACUUGCUGAUGCUAUCAUCCGCUCAACCGGCAAUUCUCUCGAAGCUGCUAUGGGCCCGAAUCAAGGAGAAUGAGUGCGGACACCGCAAGCGCGUCCCUCCCUCCCUCGAGACGCAGCAGCUGCCUGACUGGGCUAAAGUCCGCGAGGUCCGGCCGAAAAGGCACCUUUACUGCUGCCUAGCUUCGUGCGCGCCAUGGGGACCGCGGACGCGCAUUCGGGGGCAAGGGACUCCGGUGUACAAGGACUCUACCCCAAUCGCGCCAAAGGGGGUAUAA